ACAGAAGGAGAGAAAAGCAACCUUUCAUCAGCCAGCUUCAAUGUAAUAAACUCUAUCAUAGGCUCCGGGAUCAUUGGGCUGCCUUAUUCAAUGAAACAAGCUGGCUUUCCUUUAGGAAUACUGCUCCUUUUUCUGGUUGCAUAUGUAACAGAUUAUUCAAUUAUACUGUUGAUUAAAGGAGGGAACCUGUCUGGAACAACAACUUAUCAAUCUCUGGUGAACAAAGCUUUUGGUAUAACAGGUUACCUGAUCCUUUCAUUCCUGCAGUUCGUGUAUCCUUUCAUUGCCAUGGUAAGCUACAACAUUAUAUCAGGAGAUACAUUAACAAAAGUAUUACAGAGAAUUCCAGGAGUUGGUCCUGGAAGCAUUUUAGCUGAGAGACAUUUUGUAAUUCUGCUAACAACCGUUCUACUUACUCUUCCAUUGUCUUUGUAUCGCAACAUUGCAAACUUAGGAAAGGUGUCAUUUUCCUCGCUUGUUUUAACUAUUGUCAUAUUGGUAAUAGUUAUAGUCAAAACUGCAACAUUUGGGCCACACAUUCCAACCACAGAAAAUGCUUGGACAUUUGCACAGCCAAAUGCAAUACAAGCAAUAGGAGUUAUGGUAUUUGCUUUUGUUUGUCAUCACAACAGUUUUCUAAUUUAUGGAUCGUUAGAACAGCCUACGAUAAACAACUGGUCUCGUAUCACUCAUGUGUCAGUGUUAUUUGCCCUGAUCAUUAGUAUGACAUUUGCUGUGUGUGGAUACGUUACGUUCACAGGUUAUACACAAGGAGACCUAUUUGAAAAUUAUUGCAGAAAUGAUGAUUGGGUUACUGCUGGAAGGUUUCUGUAUGCAAUAACCAUUAUUUUGACAUUUCCAAUUGAAUGCUUUGUUACACGUGAGGUUAUUGGAAACUUAUUUUUCGGGGGAACAUUGUCAACAAUUUUUCAUUUCUUUGUAACUGUCUGCAUUGUUGCUGCAGCUACAGGCAUUUCAUUAGCCUAUGAUUGUCUUGGAAUAGUUUUGGAAUUAAAUGGUGUGGUAGCUGCUACUCCGCUGGUUUUCAUCAUUCCAACAGCAUGCUAUCUAAAACUCUCUGAGGAGUCAUGGUAUAAUUGGGAUAGUGUUCAGUCUUGUAUAAUCCUGAUCACUGGUAUAUUGGUGAUGAUUGUAGGUUUUGUAAUGGCUGUCAUGUUUCCAAAAGAGUGCAGUCAUGGAAAAGAAAUGUUUUACUGCAUGCCUUCAAAUUCAACUAUAUACAAUGUUACAUUCCCUGUCAAUGAGACAGCCAGUCAAUCUCCUGCAUUCACCACCAACAUAUUAUAA